CACAACUUUCCUUCAAACUGUCACACAACACCACAAUGGAGCAAACGAAGGCCCUAAACGCUCUCGAGGUACCAUCAUCGCAUUCUAUCUUAAAAUUAUCUACUAACCACCCAGUAGCCUUUCCUGGCCCUCACCAAAUCGGCCACCUCCCCACGCGCUGCCGCCGACCUAAUCACCCGCGCAACCAGCACACCCAAUACAUUCAUCUUCAGCGAGCUCCUCUCAACACCACAAAUCCAAUCUCUCUCCGCCUCCCCAGAGUACUCGUCGCAUCUAACGCUCCUCCAAAUCUUCAGCUAUGGAACAUACAACACCUACCAAACGACCCCCAACCUCCACUCCUUGAACACUGCACAACUUCUCAAGCUGCGCCAACUCACGUUCCUCUCCCUCGCGCGUACACCAUCUCAUCUUACGUAUGGAAAGCUGAUGGGGGAGCUGGGCAUGGCGAAUGCGAGGGAACUGGAGGACUUGGUUAUCUCGGCGAUUUACGCGGGUCUGGUUAUGGCGACGUUGGAUCCUUACCAUCAAGUCGUGCAUAUCUCUUCUCUCUCGCCGCUCCGUGAUCUGCAGCCUAAUUCUAUCCCUGGCAUGAUUUCAACCUUGAAUUCUUGGUCGCUGCGUUGUGAUUCUACGCUUGCCGAUUUGGAGAACCAGAUUGCGGGGAUUAAAGCUGCGGCGCUGCAACGACACCGUGAGGAAGUUGAGUGGGCGGCGGAGGUGGAGAGAUUGGGUGAGAAGGGGAAGUUGGAGUCUGUGGGUGCGGAGACGAAGGGGGGACUGGGAUCGUUGGUUCAGGGACUGGGUAGGAAGCUGGGAGGUGGGAAGAGGGGUGCGGCGGCGGAUGGGGAGGAGGAUUAUGAUAUGGAUGUUGAUGAGGAUGAGGAGGAGGUGGAGGGUAGGAGAAAUACGAGAUCGGCGAAGAAGAGAGGCUUUGGGGGAUUUGGAAAAUGAGUUGAUGAUAUCGUAGAGAUACUUGCAAGGGAAGGAAUGAGUGAUGGAUGGAUGAGAUAUGAUGGGUUUGAUGAUUGGGAUGGCGUUGGGGAGACUUUGGGGUUUAUGAUACAUGGUACCAUGAUGGUUAGAUGCAUUUACUUGCUGGACAUGAAUGAUGAGAUGAGG